ACAUCCCAUCCCUAUCCCCAUGUCCCCAUGUCCCAUCCCUAUCCCCAUAUCCAAUCCCUGUCCCCAUGUCCCCAUAUCCCCUUAUCCCCAUAUUCCCAUGCCUGUCCCCAUGUCCCCACAUCCCACCCCUAUCCCCCUGUCCCCCCAUCCCAUCCCUGUCCCCAUCUCCCC